CACUUUGCAAGCGCCAGGUUCCGGUCGCGCACGGGUCGAGGCACGGGGUGUGAGCCGCGCGGGCCGCCGUAGUCAGCUGCUGCGAGCAGGAAGUGUCCGAGGAGCGGGCGGAGACUGCACCAUGGCCCCGGACCCCUGGUUCUCCACGUACGAUUCCACUUGCCAAAUUGCACAAGAGAUAGCGGAGAAAAUUCAACAACGAAAUCAGUAUGAAAGAAAUGGUGAAAAUACAACCAAGCUUACCGUGACAAUCAGAGCUUUGUUGCAGAAACUGAAGGAAAAGAUCGCCCUUUUGAAGGACUUAUUGCUAAGAGCUGUGUCAACACAUCAGAUAACACAGCUCGAAGGAGACCGAAGACAGAACCUAUUGGAUGACCUUGUAACUCGCGAGAGACUACUUCUGGCAUCCUUUAAGAACGAGGGUGCAGAGCCAGAGCUCAUCAGGUCCAGCCUGAUGACUGGAGGGGCUAAGCGAGGAGUCCCCAACCCUUGGCUUUUCGAGGAGCCUGAGGAGACCAGAGGCUUGGGUUUUGAUGAAAUCCGGCAACAGCAGCAGCAAAUUAUCCAAGAACAGGACGCAGGCCUUGACGCCCUUUCCUCGAUCAUAAGUCGCCAGAAACAAAUGGGGCAGGAAAUUGGGAAUGAGCUGGACGAACAAAACGAGAUAAUUGAUGACCUUGCCAACCUGGUGGAGAAUACCGAUGAGAAACUUCGCACUGAAACCAGGCGUGUGAAUCUGGUGGACAGAAAGUCCACAUCUUGUGGGCUGAUAAUGGUGAUCUUCCUGCUGCUCGUGGCUAUCGUGGUCGUCGCAGUCUGGCCUACCAACUAGUGGCAGUCAGGGGGCCACCUGCUGUGACCCCUGCCAGGGAGGGGGACACGCUCAGCAUUCUCCUGGUUCGCGAAAGCUGCCCUCAAUAAACACCCCCAAAGCUCUGAA